CGCUUCCGGCCCGCGCCGCCGGGCGGGGCCGCGCUUCCGGCCGCGCGCGAGCGAGGACAGCCCAGGCGCGCAGCCGUGGAUGAGCAGGACGUGUGCAGCCCUCGCAGGGAACCAUGGCGUACCAGCUGUAUAGGAACACCACGCUGGGCAACAGCCUUCAGGAGAGUCUGGAUGAGCUCAUACAGUCACAGCAAAUCACACCUCAGUUGGCCCUUCAGGUGCUACUUCAGUUUGAUAAAGCUAUAAAUUCAGCACUGGCACAGCGAGUCAGGAACAGAGUCAAUUUCAGGGGGUCUCUGAACACAUACAGGUUCUGUGACAAUGUAUGGACAUUUGUACUGAAUGACGUGGAAUUUAGGGAGGUCACCGAACUUGUGAAAGUGGAUAAAGUGAAAAUUGUAGCAUGUGAUGGAAAAAACACUGGUUCCAAUACUGCAGAAUGAAUAGACCUGUGGUUUGUCUGCAAUAUUUUCUGUUAGUAUGCAGCACUUUCUGGAGAGAAGCAUGGAAAGGGACUGAUCGUACUCAAUUCCUGUGAUGCAGAUGUGAGUUAAUCCAUACUAGAAAGCAUCACAGAAUGACAGCGGAAGAAAUACCUGUAGCAUUUCUUCAUUUCACCUUAUAGGGCAUGAAUAUAAUGUUACCUUUUUUUUAAUUACAAGAGAUACUGUUGUCUUUUUUUUUUGUUCAAAAUAAUUUCUGUAAUAAACUUUUAUUUAAAAACUU